AUGUUAAGAUGGAGGGAGGCGGCGAAACUAAUGCAUUAUUGUAGACAAAUAGUUUUGGUAUUUUUUUUGGUAACUUUGUUUGGUCUUUGUCGAUCGGAACUUCAUGGUGACAAUGUUUGCACCGGCGAACAAUUGAAGGACGAAAUAAUCUUAGUAAAACAAGAGCAAAAAGUUUUACUGACCACUUACGAAAGAUGUCUUGAUAUCAGGCAGGGUUUCAAGUGCAAAGUUCAGAGAGAGGGUACUAAAGUUCAUUAUAAAGAAACUCCGAAAAAAACGACAGAAAAAGUACUUCAGUGUUGUUACGGCUAUUAUCCGACGGAAAACGAAACCUGCAUAGCUUGCGAAGAGGGUUUUUUCGGAUUCAAUUGCACACAAGAAUGUAGAAAUUGUACGGAAGAGGAAAUUUGUCAUCAUCGUUUUGGUUGUUGUAAUCCGACAACUGAAGGUUGUGGUUUACCAAGAAGUGAGCUAUUUCAACAUGUGCAGAGGAGCGAAAAUCAGUGGAUGAUACCCGUUCUAAUUGCGUCAAUUUGUGUUGCAGCUAUUCUACUACUGGGACUCAUAUUUUAUCGUAAAAAGUACAUGAAAGAAAAAGAUCCAGAUCUUCCGACUUUGACGUAUCACCCACACGCUAAAGGAUAUGCACCUCCAGUUGAUGAGUAUCGGGAAUUUAAUAAUCCACUUUAUCGACAGUCUGCUGUCGAAAUUGCUGCUAAGGCUGAGGCAGGUUAUGCAGACUUGAAGAAUAGGGGGCCAGUACGAGAGGAGGCUCCUCAAAAUGAGUAUGCAACGCUGGACGAAGUGAGUGAAGUGACAUCUCCAGGACCAUCCAGUAGGGUCCCUUUAAUGCACGAUGCAAUUCCUCGAUGUGGUAUGCAUGCUGACGCUUUUCACACUCUUCUGCUUACGGGUUUUAGUAAUGAAGUUGGGUUUCUUUUGGGUGCAUGUUGUAUUGGGGUGGUUGUUGAGGUUCGGGAAGGAGCGUUUUUUGUAGCUGAACAUUUGGGUACUCUAUCCAGCUCAUACAAGUACGAGGUCCCCUAUCGACCAGUCCCGUCUCCAGAAUGCAGAGUGAAUGAAAAUGAAGAAAACUUAAAGAAGGAAUCCACAUGA